CAGUGGGAUGCAGUGGGACGGCGGCGCAUAGACACCCUGCAACGGGACUAUCCUUUCGACGGGGGAUUGUCGUCCGCGUAUUCUCGCCAUCAUCACGAUCUACGGCAGGAUUUUCGGUCCCCGAGGAGCCCAAUGUGGGUGGAAGUGAGAUGGCAUCCAGGGAAAAGAAACCCUUAGCGCCUUCCAAAUCAAAACAGAAGGCGAGUAAUGAUUCUGUCUUGCCAUCUAAUGAGGUGAAGAAUAAGAAGGGCAAGUCAUUGCCAAAUAUAAAGCAGCAGCAGCAGCAACUUGCGCAAGAGAUUUUUGAUACUGUAGCGACAGGUAGUCAACUUUCUGUUAAACUAGAGGCAAGCUUGCCACGUAGGAAUGCCCUUAAAAAUCUAAAACGCAAACAGAAUCUUAGAGCAGCCAAGGCAAAUUUUGUCAAAUCCAAGGUUACCAAGAAAGUGACCAGCAAGGAUAUACACAGGAUAGCUCCUGACAUUAAGAAGAGUGCCAAGGGAGCAAAGAGAGUUAGGCAAUCGGAGGAAUCGACUGUGGUUAAGACAGUCGACGUCGCUCCAAAAUCUUUCUCUGAAAAUCAGGCAAAUAACAGAGAGGACGAAGACAAAGGAACUGAAACACCAAGUAAAAGUGCCAAGAGUAAUCUCAGGACCAAAAAGACCAAAUUUGACGUUCAAAAUAAAGAAGAGACCAGUGCUGAAAAGUCUAGCACUAAAGUCAGCCCAAAACUUGGCAAAAAAGGAAAAACGGCAACGGAAACUUGUGACUCUUUGUCCAAGAGUGCCAAAGCGUCAAAGCUGACAGCAAACUUGAAGAAGAGCAGUACCAGUCUCGUAAAAGUUACUGAGGCUGAUAACAAAAGUGGAAAAAAUCGAAAAAGUACCAGCAGAGAAGUAGAUAGCGGUAGUAGUGCGAGAAACGCGAUGAAUGUUGACAAGUUUCCAAGGACUGUUUCAGAUAACAAGAAUUCAAUUGAUCUUACUAUAGACGAAGUCAUCGCAUCUUCAAUGUUGAGCGACUGCGAAGUUGAAGGCCAACAAAGUGUUACAGACAAGACUGAAGGAAAGGUAACGAGGAGUAAGAAAAUGUUGGUGGACGAAAAUAUCACUUACGAUGCCGAGACAACGAUAAAAAAAGAGUCUGAUACCGACGAUGUCAAAAUUACAUCGGACGGAGAGUCUCUGGAGACUGUGGAUCAAGGAUUACAGAAUCCCAUUCAGCUAAGAAAGAGACCGAAAGUCAGCUCAAAUGAUCAAACGCCUCAAAGAAGUUUACGAAAUGGAAAGCAGCGUCAAUUGUCGGAAAAUCAAUUGGGAAAUUCCGCGGAUCUGACCAACGAUUCUAAAAAGCGACACAGAUUCAAUUUGGAUGAAACCGUCAACUUAGAUAAUUUAACGGAACAUAUCUCGGAUUGUAAUAUAAAUAUGGACGCUUGCUUUUCAGAUCCUGAUUGUAACGAAUCCCAAAAUAUUGUAGCAACGAGUAAGGAAGAGAUUUGUUCGAAGAAUGAAACGUUGAAUUUUGAUGAAGACGUUGAGACUGGAUCGGAAACAAUCGAGAACAAUAAUAACAGCGAUCGCGCAGACAGGGCAGGUGAGACCGGACCGACCCUGCGUUCGAAAACUAAAACUAAAACUGUAGAAUGCGAAGCAACUAGAGAUGAUGAUGUUAAAACUGAAGACACACGAUUAAUGCCCAGGUGUGCGGAGGUACAGGAAGAUUCCAAGAAACUCGGUAAUUUCGAACAAGUGAAGAAAGACAACGUUUUAGCCAAGUUGCCAGACAGAUAUAAAAGUCGCAGAAGUAGUUUAAACAUAGACAUGAAGAAAACCAUUUUUUACACAGAUAAAUCGGACGGCAAUUCAAAAUUGCACUUAGAUGAAAUGAUUGAGAACAUUAAAUUAAGUAUUGUAAAAUCCAUCGAAAACAAGAUUUUUGGCCCGGAGAAAAGUCUUGGAUUAAGUAAAAACUUUGACAUACCCAAGAUCGAAGAAAUUGUUGCACCACUUAGUACAGAGUCUCAGAAAAUGGGAUUAGAAGACAAUACCGAUGAGGAUAAGUCUACUGUUACGAAAAACGAAAUUACAUCAGAUAAUUCAGAAAAUUCAGUACCAAAAGUGGCUGAUACUGCCAAAGAGAUCGAGGAGAAGCUAGUCAAAUUUGAUAUUGGAGAAGCAGAAACACAUUCGCAGAACGUCCAAGAAAAGGCCUCCGAUAACGACAGAGUUAAUGAUGUGCAUAGCACUUGCGAAUCUACAUGUAAUAUAAAUAAAAAUAAUAAUAAUAAUAAUACUAAUGCUGUACAACAAUCAUACAAGGAGGUGGAUCAGUCAGAAAAUAAUGUUGGUUGUAGUACAACCAGCGAUACCUUAGUCAGUGUCAAUGUCAGAGGUAACGAGUCAAAAACACUAGACGAAAAUAAGAAAAUUACAAGGAAAUCGUUAAGAAUUGGUGAUAAAAGUUUGGACAGCGUUAGCAAUAACGAAACCAGGAAAUCAAAUAAGACAAAUAAAAUGGAGAUUUCGAGGUCGGAUAACAUGGAAGGUGUGGCGGACAUACAAAAAUCUACAGGCGAGGAAGCAAUUUUGGAGGAACAGAUUUCUGAUGAUAAAUCUCUAUUACUAUUCGCACCGAUGUCUUCUGAGCAAGCAAAGGACAGAUUUAUUGAGGAACAUAUACAGGCGAAAGGUACAGAAGAGUCGGAAACUGAAAUCUCUCUAAACGUGGAUAACUCAGAGGAGUUGGAAACAUUGGAAAGUAUAUCUCGCGAAGUAGAAAAAUUAGUCUACCAAACGGAAGAUCAGUCUGUCAAAUCAGUAUCAAAUACUAUAGAUGACACAAUACGAAGCAAAAGUAUGAUUUUUGAUACAAAUAUGUUGAAUAAGGAGCAGGAGAUUCAGAGCGUAAAUAAUCAGGAAGCAUCUGCUUGUUGUAAUGAUACCUCUAUGUCGUUAGAGUUGGCUGCUAUUGAUACAUACGAGACACCAAGCAAAAAUUGUGCAGGCAGAAAGUCUGAAUUGACUGACACAACUGAAAUGUCACGAGAGAAUGAUGCAUCUUGUAAGCCAACGCAAAACGCAAAACAUCCAAAAAUUAACAGUAACUUAUCACAUGUAUCAACUACCAUAAACUGUGAUUCAAAUGAACAUAGCUCUGUAAAGUCUCCGUCUGUACAUUGCACCUUUGACCGAUUGAACGAUGAAACCAAGGAGCUCGAUCACAGCAGCAGUAAAGAAUUAAACACAUCUGACAUUUUAUCAAACACAGACGAGAAUAAUUCGGAGGAAAAUCAAGGAAAAACAAAUUCAGAGCACAACGAAGCUAUUCUAACGACAGAUCAAAGCGAUAAAUCUUCGGACGGCAAAAGUCCCGAUGAGCGAAAACUUCUUAACGAGGAGAACAGAAGAGUAUUGCGAACUCGUGACAAGCAGAAGAAAAUUGAAAGUAGGCAGAUCGCAUCGCGCAACCGAGAACACACCGACAACAUAAAAAUUAAGAUGGGGGAAACUGAGACGAUUCAAAAAACGCAUAUUUCCGACCUACAGAAGAGUGUUGAUGAGAUAGUACAAGAUCCAGUUAAUAGUACUGCUACCGAAAGCAGCGAUUUUCAGAAGACGGAAGAUGGAAUUGACUCGUUAAAUAGUAACGAAUUGGACAUCGGCAUGGAACUGGAGCCUCAAGCUCGUAAUCGUCGCGCUAGAGAGAUGAAAAAACGCAAAGAAGAGUCACCGCAAUUCUUAAGCGGCUCCAAGACCAAGCGUGUCAAGCGAGAUCGGCGAAAUGAAAAGUCCGAUCAGCAAAACAAAGAAGAGACUUUGCUGGAUAACGAGGUUGCCAAAAUUAACGAAAACGACAGAUCAUUCUUGAGUAAAUACAGCAGUGCCAGUUCCGUGCGCACAGACAGUUUUCGUGGUUUCUUCGAGCAGGAUGGGCAAAGUGGAUUGGACAAAAAAGAUCCUAAUUUGCGCAGCAAAUCAGAAAACGAUAUAACAAUCGGCGCAAAAGCCGGCAAGAGCGAAGAACGACAACUUUCGCGAAAUCUAUCCGAGAAUCAUGUGUCGCAACAGGAAGCUAACAAUAUAGAUAUGUUAGAGAUUGAACGUAAGACUCCAAAGACGCCAGAGCUCACUCAGAAGGAUUCCGACGAGACUUCCACGUCUGGCGAAUCAUUCAACAGCGGCACAUUUAAGAUUCUGGAAACACCUGAAGACAAGGAGAAGAAGGAAUCGAUUUUGCGAAUAUUGGGACUUGAGUCUUUGGAGGAGGCUGCGAAGAGACAAAAUCAGCAAAAGACCAAAAAAGAACAGUCAUCGUCCACAGGUACUUUAAAGACGAUUAUCAGAGUAUCACAAAAGGAGAAGGACAAGGAUAGGGAGAAGAGAGGAUCGCGGUCUCCAUUAAAAAUGGUUCUCAAGCAGCAAGGCCGUGGGGACGGAGAGGGUGAUUCUCUCGAAUUCUACACCAUUCAAAAGGAGUUUGGAACCAGUGGUUUGGGAGAUAGCAGCUCUGGUGCGAACCGAAAGUUCACUACUAACCACAGACAUUCUUUCGAUGAUGAUAAUGAGGAAGCUACGCCUAAGGAUCGUCAGUCGCUUGUUAUUCCAGAGAAAUCAUCAUCGUUUUCUAUACACCCUGGGCGCGUAUGUGCUGAUGUAUGUUGCUAUUGCUUUGGAAAAUUUGGUUCUUUAGACACGCCAAUGCAUUUAGCUCAAAUAAAAUCUGAUGAGAGACGCAAAAAGAUUUUGAACAUAGAGAGACAUCUCACAAAAGAUUCAUGUCUGUGCGACGCGUGCUAUCGUCAUGUUGAUAGAAAGGCCAACACUAGUCCAGCAAACAUGCAACAGAAGCCACAGAAACAACAUAGACAAUUAAUGAUGUCAAAAUGUUCAGCUCGCGAAUGUCGAGAUCCCGCGCGGCAUCACGUUAAACGCCGUUGGUUGUUAAAGAUAAGAACUGGUCUUCAGAAUCAGGUCGACAUAGACUGGGAUUCGAGUCAACACACCACGAUGUCAUUCUGCGUUAAUCAUUACGAGAAGAUCGGACGCUUUUUGACGUGCGCGCUCUGCAAGCGCCGACUCGUUCGACAACAUACUCACCAGCUGACUAACGCAGAGAUCAAUGAAUUGAAUCACUUGCUCAAUCAACAAGGAAUCCCUGUCUUACUAGCGGUCGGCACAUUUGUGUGCAAGCUAUGCCGCUAUUUUGCGCAAUUGCAACUUAAGUACAAGGAGAUCGAAAAUAUGAAUAUGAAUCACAGGAGUUUCUGCAAGAGUUAUCGAAAGCGGAUUCUACAUAAUCUCGGAAUCGACGUAGUUGAAGACGAGGAUGACGAUUCAUCACAGCAGGUGAAUCAGACCAAAAAGAACAAGAAGAGCAUCAAGAAUUUGCAGACCAAAAGUGGAAGUUCUAAGUCUCCGGAACGCACGACGAGCGGUACAUCCGACAAGUCGACGCCGGAACCAAAUAAGAAUGAGAGUACAAUUGAAUGUAGUUCCGAGAUGGUCAACGAGAGUCGCGUCUCUAAGUUAGGUAAUGACGAGAAUGUCAGUAUGGACAUUCAAUAUCUUGAGAACACCGUGCAGAACUUAAAAAAGCGCAAGAUGCUGGAUAUGCAUGCGUAUAUGCCGAGCACGUCAAUCUCUUCUCUAUGCGAUGGUGUAAUGGCGAAUGGGAUGACACUCGGAAUGGAUGAGGUUACCUUAACGCGAUUGCCAAAGAAGUCUAGGCUCAAUAACAACAGCAAUAACAACAAUAACAAUAACGACAUAACGCCUGUGGUGCAGAGACUCGGAGCAAAUCCCUCUAUAAGCGUACGCACGCUCUUCCCAGGCGAGGAGGAAAUGAAUCUUCACGUAAACAUCGAGUUCCAAAAUGUACGCGAAGUCACGCCACAAGGAUGGGAGAAAUGCGCGACAAUGAUUCAGUACGAUCGCGAGACCAAACAUCUCUGGCAGCAAUUGCAGCGACCAUACGGCAAUCAAAGCUCCUUUCUGCGACAUUUAAUCCUCUUGGAGAAGUAUUAUAGAGCUGGCGAUCUGAUAUUGGCGCCAAAUGCUUCGCGAAAUGCAAUUAACUAUUCUACAUCGGUGCAGAAUAGAUUGAUAUCUUAUGAGGGUCCAGAGAAGAUGGACGAACCUAUAAUGGAACCGAUCGCGACGGAGUACAGUAAUUCUCGUCGUUUGAGUGGCGGCUACAUGCUGGAGAAAGACAGAUUGUCCGUGCCUGGUACAAGUUUAAUGUCCAGAUCAUCGACUAGCGGCGGCGGCAGUGGCGGUGGCGGUAGCAGCGGCAGUGGUAGCAAUACAACGUCAUCAUUGCAUUCGACCAAACUGAAUCCAUCGCGGAUGCUCAAACUCAAUUCGGGAGUGUCGAUCAUAAAAAAAUCUUCAAAUUUGCAACGAUUAAAUUUGCCGUCUGUUAGCAGCGGUGGUAACAAUAGCAGUGGAAGUACCGCGACAACGAACAGUAGCAGCAGCAUUAAACGGAGAGACAGCCAGAAUUUAUCCUCCAUUUACAACAGCGGCGGUAAGGUGUUUCAAUUGAGCGAGUCAGACAUGAAACGAAUGCAAACGUUAAAACGUCAGAAACUUAACGAUAGGCCUAUCGCCGGUACAAACGGGUCAUCAACUAGUGGUAACUUUAGAUCUCAGUAUCAAAAGAUGCAAAUUGCCGUUUCUGGCCACAAUCAGCAGUUUCAGAGACACUUGCGAAUGCAACAAGAGAUGUUGAGUCGUCAAAGCCGCGGUGACUUUGAGCCAUUAAUAUGCGACAUGACGCGUUCCACUACUUGCGCAAAUGAAAACAGUUCGGCAACCGGCCAAAAUAUUCUUCAGAACCUCAAUCUACCUAAGUCAAUCCAGGUGACAACCAAGCCAACGUCGUCAACGAGCAAUCCCAUUCCGAUUUUGCCGAAAAUUCCGAAAUCUUUGACGGUAAUACCGCAAACCGUCACGAGAUCCACCGAAAAGUGAAAAUGAGAAUGAGAAUGAAAGAUGUAAGUAGACAUUGCGGACACAGUCUUCUUUCUUUCUUCCUUUUUCUCUUAAAGGAAGAAAUACAGAGUGCGGUAAGAAUGAAAGAUCGAUUGUACAAAAUUGUAUUCGCAUGUGCUUUUUUACACGUUAGUAUCGAUCAAAUCUCAAAAUUGCCGCCAAAGUAAAGCGAAAUGAUUAUGAUUAAUGCUCAGAGAGCAAUUUUUGCCUUAUAUGAGCGCAUCGCAAUAAAUGCACUUACCGAGCCUGAACGCUCAAAAAACACAUUGAUUUUACGUUACGAUUAAGACAAGACAGACUAUAGCAAUUUAUAUAUACUUGUUGCAUCGAUCGUGAUCACAAACUUGUAGAUAGAUUAGAAUAGGAGUAGGGUAAUUCGAUGAAAUUAAGAUACUUGGAUUCUAACGAUAUUAUACAUAUAUUAACAACCAAAGUUUCGCUAUAAAAUGCAUUAACGAAAAAUGUGUUAAACAAUGCUGUUUCCAUGGAAAGUGCCUAAAAUGACAGGAGUGAAAUCGUUACUUUACGACCAUUAAUUACGUAUUAUGCAUAUGAGAUUCGGGCUCUUGAUGCGGUACACGUAAGUACGUGCAUCGCGAGUCUCUUAAAGAUUGGUACAAUCUGCAGAGGAUAGGGUGAUCUGUCGUGAAGAAAGUUCGAUAGUGACUGAAGCUUACAAUAAACUGUCAAUAUGCGAGUGGAAUAAAAUUUGCAAUCUUAAAAUUUACUUAUUUUUAGAAUAGUUCUGUAUUAUAAAAGGUGUAGGGGACCAUAACUGAGAAGAUGAUUCCCCAAGCAGAAGCCUCUUGUUGAGUGCUGCAGCUUGUAACUAUCUUCAAAUAUAAUCAAAUAGAUGCGUGUAUUUUCGUAUAAAAAAUUCUUCUAGAUUAAUUGAAGAUUUUUUCCACAAUCAGAAAAUUUUGUAUCUACUCGAUUUUUUUUCACGAGGGAUUACUUUCUUAUUACCGGCUGUACCAUCGGUUUAUCGGAUAUAAUACACACACUUAGAAGGAAUUCAUCACUUGAACAGCAUUGCAUCGAUUUUAAUUUAAACGUAGUCUUUUUUUUGUAUGUAGCUAAUUAAAAGUGCGUAAUAGAAAAUGUGUGUAUUAGACAAACAUAAGUAGGCUCCUUUAUGAUUUAUUACACACGAUGAUUUUAAUUUAAAUUAUAUAAAAAAGAUCAUUUUACUAAACUUAUUUCUACCUGAUGUUUUUUCGAUUAAAUAUGUCGAGCAUAUCUAUAUUUUUUGAAAAAAAAAGGAUAAUAGGGAGAGGGGGGAGGGAGAGUGCACGGAAAAAUAUACCGAAUUUUGUCUGGUUGAAUGAGUGCUUUGUCGGUAGUUCGUUCCUCUUACCGUGUCUAAAGAGAGAAUUGGACAUAGUUAUGUGUAUCAGCGGUACUUGCAUGCUGCAAGUCACUAUAUUUUAUCUACGUAAAAAUCUUUUUGCGCAUUCACAUGAGAAUGAUUCGAACAAAUAUAUAUUAUAUUGGCCUGCUCGAUCUUUAAAGUCGUAAUGACAAGAUCAUAAGUAAUUAAAUAACAGUUAAUUUGGAGGAAAUGCUUAAUUUAAAGUGUUAAGGGAGUGAAUACAUGCAAAGUGAGUAUAGAUUUAACAUUCUAAUUGAGCUUAUUUAUUACGUUUAUUAAUACGCAUUGUACAUAUAGACCGAUAGUACAUUAUUCUAGUUUUUAAUUGAUCUAAUGAAAAACAAUUAUAAAAGAGUUGAAGCGUCCAACUCGUUUGUAAAACUCCGGACGAUCGGACGGUAAAAAUCGACGAUCGAGAUAUUGUGUGUGAGAGUGCGAGGAUUUUUUCUUCAUGCGUUUCUCUUGUUGCGUACAUCUAUCAUUCGACAUUUGAUAUUUAAUAUGUUUAUUGCUACUCCGUUCCACUUCACUCCAUUCCAUCUCACCUCAUUUCACAUUAGUCCACGUUCCUAUGCGAGAUUCUCUUUGCACUAUUUAUAUCAAAUUGUUUAGUAGGAAAUCUUCUAUUUAAUACAUUAUGAAAAAAAA